UCCAGCAGUGUGCGAAGCAGGAAGUCCUCACGCUGAGCGAGCAGGAAACAAUCAACAAUCAACAAUCAAUCAAUGGAGGGGACAUCAUCUUCCUCAUCUUCCUCAUCUUAUUAGCGUUAUUAAGAGAGCCAGUGAGAUGGACAGCAUGGUGGCAGACAGCAGGGAUGAACCACAGACAGACUUUAUCUACUGCUGUGGGGCCAUCACAGAGGUUCUGAAAUUUGGCUCCAGUCACUUAAAUUCUGGACACAAGGUGCUUUUUCUCAUCAUUCCAGGUAACCCAGGUGUAGUGGGCUUCUACAGAACCUUCAUGCAGACAAUUCACAGUAUGGUUGCAUACCGCCACCCAGUGUGGGCCGUGAGCCACGCUGGCCACUGUGUACCACCAGACUCCAUGGAUAUGGUAGAAGAUGGCUCCUCAGCAGCAGAGGCUGACGUGUUCGGCCUGAAUGGGCAGAUUGAACACAAGCUGGCCUUCCUCAGCAAACACGUUCCCAGAGAAACCAGCCUGGUCCUGGUGGGGCACUCCAUCGGCUGCUACAUCAUUCUGGACAUGAUGAAGAGAAAUCCUGAACUCAAGAUUUUGAAGGCCAUCAUGCUGUUUCCCACCAUUGAGCACAUGGCUCAGACUCCUCAGGGGAAGGUCAUGACCCCUUUGCUGUGUCACAUGCGUUAUGUGGCCUACCUGCCUCUCUUCCUGCUCUCUCUGCUGCCUGAGGGACUCAAAGCCAGCCUGAUCAAACUGGUGUUUGGUGGCAUUCACUCUCUGGACCACACUGUGCUCCAGCCUACUGUAGGUCUGCUCAGUGGAGACUGCGCAGCCAAUGCAAUGUACAUGGGGGGUCAGGAAAUGAAGAAAGUUCUGGAAAGAGACAAUGUAACCAUUAACAAGAAUCUUGGAAAGCUUAUAUUUUACUAUGGAGCUACAGACCACUGGUGCCCUGUUCAGUAUUAUCAAGACAUCAGACGGGACUUCCCACAUGGAGAUGUAAGACUGUGUGAGAACGGGUUCCGCCACGCCUUCGUCCUGGAUUCAGGAAGAGACGUUGCCAAAAUGGUGGUGGAAUGGAUCAGUGGAGAUCUGAGGACAUGAGUUCUUCUCUUCCUGUCUACUCUUACAUCUACUGUCUGACAUGAACACUGAUGGUGACGCUCGAACAACCAGGCAGCCGGGGUUUUUUUAAUUAGCAGAAGUCAGAAUUGAGAGUGAAUAUAAUGACGUACUUUGGUUCAUAAUAAGCACAAUAAAAACCUAAAUGUUACAUGACAACUUAUAUAAAGUGGUUUUACCCAUGUAUAAGAAAUUAUACAAAAUUGAAUCAGGCUAAAACAGAUAUUUUAUGAUUCUUAACAGAGUGAUGUAUUUAUUAUAUUGUAUAGAUUCAGCCAUUCGUCUCCAAAGAUGAAAUAGCAUAUUUAAUGCUAUUACCUGGCAGGUGUGAUUAUUUAACUUCUUUUAUGUUGCCAUUUUGCACUUAUGCCAAUUUUACUUUACAUUCUUUUUCACAUACAGCAGUAAUUCAUGCAUCCCCGUGUAUGAUUUGAACAGCAUAUGCAGUGUAACAAUUCAUCUUACCUGCUUUUUAUUUUUCAUCUAUUGUCAGAGCUGCCUGUGAGUGUAAUGGAGUCGGAUAGAGAAUUUAAACCUGGUGGAAACUGUCGGCAUCCAAGCAAGCAGAGCAAGUGAUGCUUAUGUAUGGUUCACAAAGCAAGACUCAAGAAAUGAUUAAGCUACUAUCAUUCCAAACUGGUUACUAGUGGACAUGUAUAAUGAUCCUAUAAUAAUGACCUUUGAUGAUGCACUGUACUAACUUUGUAAACACUUUGUUACUCCUUUGCAGACACUGUAACAACUAGUCUGCUGAACGAGUUAUGACAGGUUUAAUAAAUGAAAGACUUGAUUGUGA